CCCUUGCCGAACUUGAGGGACUGACCACCGAAGGCACGUUGGUAGAUCUUGCCUGGUGGAGAGAACAAACACCCAUACGCGCACGUAGAUACUGGUAGAGCAAGCGCAUCUUUCUUUUGGGGGGAUCAUCGGUAAAUCAUGGAGGACGACAAUAGAGGAGAAGGAAAUGACGAAGUAACGGGAGGCGUGGAGAAGGAUGGGGCCGCAGGGCAACAAGAAAGAGGUACUGAUAAUCAGUACCAACAGACACCAAGACCCCCCUCCAGCCGUAAACGCACGCGAGACGAAAUAGAUUCCAGGCAGCAGGACAGAAAGCCAUCCCGCUCGCGAUCGAGGUCAAGCUCAAGCAGGCCUUUGAGGAAGCAGUGGAGAAGCGCGAACGCCUUUCUCAAUUUUAUGCAAGACUUCAGGCAGAAUUGUAACAAAGCGAAGAGCAAAGAUCUGUUUCGCCUCGGAGGGCAAACGUGGCGACAAAUGUCGUCCGCGGACAAGAUGCCCUACGUAGAAGCGGCCAAGUUGGCGCAGCAACAAUCGCAACAGAGCAAUAAGAGCGCGCAGCAGAACAAGUCUAACGGCAGCGACUCCUCGAAGAAGCCCGAGGGUCAAAGGGACCAGAAAAAGAAGGAACAAGGGGCGAGAAAGGAAAGGAGGCGCUCCAGAAGCAAGAGGGACGACUCCGACGCGGAGUCAGAUUCUGCAACGUCGGGGACAGGCGUGACCGUGACCAGCGAGGACGUUUCGGACCUGAGCUCUUAGAAGCCUGCUUUGAAUAUUGAAUUGAAUUAAAUUAACAAGGCAACAAGAAUGUCCAGUAACAUGUACACGAAACAAUUUACUUCGAUUACGUGUCCUGACGUUAGUCGUGUCGUUUUGAAAUUUGAAUAAAGUCGAUAAAUCUGAACGACGAGAUAUUACGAAACUAAUUUAUUCCUUUUAGCCGCUCUUUCUGUAUCCUCUUGCGAGACUCUCCGCACUUAUCAAAUCAUCAUAAUAUCUCGGAUUAGAUCUGUAUGCUCGGACUCUUCUAUAUCGCCGAAUCUGUCGUCGUUUUAUUUCAUUAAAAAAAAACUUGUACUCUUUUAUCUUUCUAAGCUUUUAGUUCUCUUUGUUCUUUGUUAUUCCCAGUGCAUGGGUACGUGUAUUUUUAUAAUAUAUAUAUGUGUGUGUGUGUGUGUGUGUGAGAGAGUGUAUAUAUAAAAUAUAAAAAGUUAAAUAGUCUAUCUGUUCAUUAUUCCCAGUUU